CGUCUGAGUGUUGGCGAGAAGGGAAAAAACGAGCAGAACAGCAACACAUCGGUCUGCCUAUGGCCGAGCGAACCACAGCGCUGUAAAAUAUCGCGACAAAUAGAGAGUUUGGCUGUAAACAAUAAAGCGAAAGAGCAGAGGAAGCGACGCAUGGCUCUCGAAACGGACGUCGUGGCUUGAGAGGAGGACAGCAUGUUUACAUGAGGGCUCUUGAGACAGAGCUGACCGUUGAAAGAAUCGCAGAGUCGGGUCGCGUUGAUCGGUGAAGACAUUGCCGAAGAUGCUGAAGAGAUUGGCCGCGCCGGCGUCAUGCAGCAGCUGCCUUCUCGCACUCAUCCUCACCUUCGUCUCGCCCAGGUGUUCGCUGUCUAUCGGUGCCGACAAAACCAUGGUGAACAAGGAGGAUUAUUAUAGCGCCAUAGUCAACGCCACCGUUCUGGACCAUAAAGGCAACCCUCAACAGAUGGUGACGAAGAAUGACGGGCGCUACGGGCAGAAUUCCCCCAAAACAGAGGCGAAGGGGAUCGUGGUCGCACCUGCUGCUGUUAACGGGGCAGUGGAUUUGCAAGGCUGCUGUCCACACACCCGGUUUAUAGUGCCACCGAAGACCACACACUGGGUGGCCAUUAUGCAGAGAGGGAAGUGCACCUUCAAGGAGAAGAUCCUUAAGGCAGCCGCUUUCAAUGCCUCAGCCGUCAUUAUCUACAAUAACAACACCAAAGAGGACACGGUCACGAUGGCUCAUGAAGGCACUGGAGACAUAGUUGCAGUAAUGAUCACAGAGUCUUUCGGGAAGGAAAUUCUGGGAUUCCUGGAAAAAAACCAGACCGUGUUGGUGUCCGUGAUCGUGGGUUCAAGAGGAAUGCCCAAAAACAUCAACCGCGGCUCCUUAGUGUUCGUCUCCAUCUCCUUUAUCGUCCUGAUGAUUAUCUCCUCAGCUUGGCUCAUCUUCUACUUCAUCCAGAAGAUCAGAGACACCAGCGCACGCGACCGCAGUCAGCGACGGCUGGGAGAUGCUGCCAAGAAGGCCAUUAGCAAGCUGACUACCAGGACAGUAAAACGAGGGGACAAGGAAACAGAGCCAGAUUUUAAUCAUUGUGCGGUGUGUAUUGAAGGUUAUCAGCUAAAUGAUGUGGUCCGCAUCCUCCCUUGCAAGCACGUCUUUCAUAAAAUGUGUGUGGAUCCAUGGCUAAAUGAGCACUGCACCUGUCCAAUGUGUAAACUCAACAUCCUUAAAGCGCUGGGGGUUAUGCCCAACCUGCCAUGUGUGGACAACAUGGCGUUCGACAUGGACCGGAUGUCCCGCAGUCAGACCUCCAGCCAGAGGACGGCACUAGUUGACCUGUCCUCAGAGACCAGCAUCAGUCUGGAGCCUCUGCGCCACUCCAGUUCCUCCCAGCUUCCCUCCGACGAAGAGCUCAUUCCUCGCUCUGGAGAGAUCAACAUCGCUGUCACCAAAGAGUGGUUUAUUGUCGCCAGCUUCGGUGUCCUUUCUGCUCUCACACUUUGUUACAUGAUCAUCAGAGCCACAGCCAGCACCACCAACUAUGAGCCAAUGUUGGAAUGAAGAUGUUUUCUGGAGCCCCAAUUUCUAAAAACAGAAAUGCAUCCCGGAAAGCUGCUUGCACUUCAAGUUCACUUACACAUGUUCUCAUUAGUAGUCCUAAUAGAGCGAACUUUCACUUCUUCUGUAGAUGUAAACAUGUUCAUAGCUUUUCACUGGAUGAUUUGCUGAUGAACUAUAUUUCUGUUUUACGCAUUUGCAAUAUUUAACAAGCACUAUUUUGUUUUUAGCAUAGACUAAUAUUUUUCCUCUAAUGAUGUCUUAAAUUUGUAUACUUUUUAUAAAGUCCUUUGUAAACCAAAUGUGAAAUUUGAUAUUUUUGUGUUUAUUAAAAAUAUUUUGUGCAAAAGGCUUUGUUGUGCUGAAUAGUAGAAUAUGCUUAUAGUUACUAGUGCUAGUUGUACUCCUUUAUACAGUUUUAAAACUUCUGAAUCUAAUGUUUAUAUUGCAAACCUAUUUUAUCAUAUCACGUGUACUGGACAUAUGAUAUUGAUUUACUGAGGCACAUUACAGUGCUUUACUGUAAGUCAAGCCAAGGGGACUAAAAAUACUGUAUCUUUCUAUGAGGACAGAUUGUGUUUUGUAUCAGCCUACUGUUGGGAUAAGGAUUGUGUAACUCAAGGUCAUUUGACUAUUCAGAUUCAGUCCAUAAUCACUUUUUUUCUGCAGAGUUUAGAUGGAAACCUAAAAAAAGCAUCCAAACGAGCUGUGGGAAUACUUGUAUAAUGUAAUAUACAUUAUUAGGCCUUUACCAAUUAAAUUAACUAGUUUCAAAGUCAGAAAAGUGAUUUAACCUGUACACAUUAUCACUUAUUAUAAUGUAAUAAAAGUCAUUUGUAAGCAAGUUUACCCUGCUUUUGGGGAUUAAAAUGUCCAACACAUUUCAA